GUAUUGCAGAAGUCAGUCAUCAGUGGAAACAAAUUUGAACGAAGCAUGCCUACUGGGUUUUCCACGUGCCGGUGGUCAAAAAGAAAAAAAAACACGUUUGGCACACAGAGUUCUAACGAAGAGAAAGUAGGUACAGCCAAAUGGACUUUUUAACCGGUAUUGUGUAACUAUUGUGUAAAAUAAGUUGCGAUAACAUUAUGAUACCAUACUUGACAACCCAAACUGACAGGAAUCUGCGGUGGAUUAAGAACAAUCUGGCAGAUGUACUCAAGAAUGAAGUAUGAUUUCUGAAGAAUCUGAAUAAUUCGGCUCCGCUUUUCCCUUCUUCUUUCUUUCUUUCUUUCUUUCUUCCUUUCUUUCUUUCAUUCUUUCUUUCUUUUCUGUCUUUCUUUUCAGCAGCACUUCCUUUCUUGAGCUAGCUCAUUAACGCGUCACAGCUCCGCCGCGCCAACUUCACCUUUUUGCGUCGGCGGAGCCGCAAUGACAGUUCACUUGUUUUCCGGAAAGUUAUUGUCGAGGAGCCAAGAAAAGCAUAUCGGAUCACCGGUAAUCGGGGGCUACAGAGGCAUCUAGCCGGGGGGGAGGGUUGGGGAAUCCUCUGAUACCGAGCUGCGUCCCCCGGAGGCGACGACCUAAAUGGAUCAAUUACUGCACAUGUAGCUGGACCCGCUAGAUCUGCAGAGCAACCCCGUAACCCUCAGCUCCCGAGCGGCUCUUGGCCGCCGCGAUGGAGACCCCGUCCCCUACCGACCGCCGCCAGCGCUGGGCGCGCACCAGCCGCCGCUGGCACACCCUGGAAGAGGCUGACCCCCAGGGCUCUCACACUCCCGUCGGAAUACCUUCUGACAACUCUGCUCUCUCGGAAGGAUGCUCUACAGGAAAGAUUGAGAGCUGGCUGCAGGCCUGGGGACCUGAGGAAGGCUUGGACAUUCAUCAGAGUUUUGAGCCUCUCCUGAAAUCCGGGGCCAGUUUUGAAGAUGAUCUGAGUCUAGGAGCUGAAGCUUUGGCUUUCACUACCCAAACUGAUGGACCAGAGAUAAAGGAGGGUAGAGGGGGCUGUCCGCUGCUGUUGCCCCCACCUAGGCCACGCAGCAAGGGGCAGGUCACCAGCACUCCCAAUGAGAAACUGGCCCCACCGCUCUCCCACCUGGGCCACAGCACCACCUCCAGCGCCCUCUCGUCUUCCAGCAGGACCGCCUCCAGCGUGCAGGACCUGCUGCAGCUCUACGCCGAGGACGCGGAGGACACGCUGUACCGGCUGGGCUUCGGCGGCCGCGACGAGCCGCAGGCCACCGCCCGCAUCCCAGCUCGUUUCUUUAGCUUCCCUUCCCAGCUGCACGGCAUUAAUUUUCGCGUCUUCCUGGAAUCGCAGUUGGCCCGCCUGCACCAGGAAGACCCGGGUCUCUCGCUGGCCAGCCGCUUUCGGCAGGUGGAGGUGUUGGCGGCAACAGCCAACGCCUUCUACUCGCUGUAUUCGCACGUGUCGCGGACUCCGCUCCAGAAGCUGGCGCCGCCCGACGUGAGCUUUGCCCAGUCUCCGGCGGAGACCAGGAUGGCGCCGCGCUUCUUCAGCAGCACCCGCAGCGAGCCAAAGUCUCCAGUCGAGCGUCUCAAGGACACCGUAUCCAAAAUGUGCCUGUAUACGGGCUCCUCCCUCCGGUCCCCAGAGGCCACCUCCAUCUGCAAGCGUCCCAGUCUGCCGGACGUCAUAGAAGCUGUCCUGGAGAGGGUCAAGGGUGGUGAUACCGUAGCCGAACAGGCUGAGGAAAGCCUGUGGGGUGGGGCUGUGAACACAGACAACAGAGUGGAGAACCAGAGGGAUUCUGGGAAAGAGAGGGAAGAGCAAAAGACAAAAGCAGAGAGACAUAACUUGGACUGUAGGGAUCCCAGGGGCAGAACUGCCAAGGGGGAAGCAAAGAAAGCCGAGGCGCUGAGCAUUUCUCCACUUCUUCAAAAAGAAGACUCCGAAACGAAUCAGCGCACCUCCAGUCCUCUAAGCAAGGGGUUUCAACUAACCAGCAACCCCUGCUUUAUCCCAGAUAAACCCUCGAGUACCACUGAUGAUGCUCAAACCCCACCCAGGAGUCCCCCAAAAAGGCUUUGUCUAGGAGCAAAAUUCUCAAAGGAUAUCAUUUGUCCUCAGAUCAUGGAGAGUGUUCGCCAGGUGCCCUUCAGCUGCCUUCAAAGGAACGAUGAGCCAGCUUCUCCCAUCAUGUUUCAUCCUGAUGGGAAUCCCAGAAAAGAUGGGUCCGAUUUAACCACAGAGGGCCAAGCUGUGCUGGGAGAAGAAAUGAUCCACAGAGACACGAACGCUGAAGUCCUUCUGCUCAAAUCCAGGACACUGGACAAUGAGAGCUACAUAGGAGAUGUCCAUCUGGACAGUGCAGCACAUUUGGAAUCCAUGCCUUCCGCCCAUUCUGACCCUGCUAAGCAGAGUUCCCCAUGCCGCAUCACUGUGACUGGGUGGGAGGGAGACACCCCAGCUACAACGAAAGGGUCUGGAAGUAUUAGCGAGAACCAGGAAACCCCUGAUCCUGAGCCACUAGGCAGCCGGAAUUUCCUGAAUCCCGUUGAGCUGUGUACUCUUGGACAGACUCCCCACAGUCUGCGACAGGCUAACUCCUUUGAACUGGAAGAGGUGUGCAGUGCAGGAGAAGACGAUCCUACACAAUCAGACUCCAGACGUUCAUCAUCUCUUCUGUCAGCUAUUAAUCAACGUAGAGACUUCCUCCUGCGUGGGGACAGCCUGCAGUCGGACAGCAGUGGCUACGUGGAAGAGGACCAUCCUUCUCCCAGCAGCCCUGAGCACGACGGAAGCUGCAGCCAGUUGACCCCACACACCGCAGUCUUGCCCCCCUCUCCCUUAGCUGGAAAGGACCACGAAUGAAAUUGCGGUAGCGCCCAGAUUUCUGCCUUUACUUAAGUAAAGGCAUUUCCCUACAUUCGCCUUUGUAGUACUUAAGACGUCUUGCUCUUAAGAUGCGUAUAAUCGUCAUUGCUGUUCAUCAUGUUUUUUGGCAUCAAGUUAAAAUCUUGGCACACACGAUCCAAACUGGAAGGAGAACUAUGACAUUUUUUUUUCCAACAUUACAGCGAACGCUGCUUUUAUUUAUUAAAAUUAUUUAUAAAUACAA